CUGGGUACAGACUACAGACUAGUAAGGCGAGGAAGUGGAUUGGAGGGAAGGAAGGUCCAGAACGGUUAAUUUUAUACUCCUAGUAAUUCCCAGUGGUGGAACGAACCAACGAAAGCUUGACGAAGAAGGUGUCCGCAGUUUAUAAUCAUAAUCGAAUCUCUCCCUUUCCGUCCAUCUGUGCGCUCGUUAACCCCAUUAGAGAGAGAGAGAGAGAGAGAGAGAGAGAGAGAGAGAGAGAGAGAGAGAGAAAAUAUCCAAUUCGUCUAGAGAGAGAGAGAGAGAGAGAGAGAGAGAGCGUGAGCGAUUGUGCGUCGGUCUCUAUGCGAAUCGAUCGGCGAUGUCAAAGAUGAAGCAUCUGCUGCGAAAGCUUCACAUCCACCACCACCACAGGGUGGAUCCUCCUCCUCCGCCGCCGCCCCUCCCGCCGUCUUCGGCGGCGUCCUCCUCGUCGCCGUCGGAUUCGGCAUUGACGGCGAGGACUAGGGAACCGCCGGCGGCGGCGGCGGCAGCGGAGAAUCCCGUCGAUUUCAACUUCUUCGAGGAGGAGUUCCAGGUUCAGCUCGCCCUGGCUAUCAGCGUCUCCGACCCCGAUUCGCGUGACGAUCCGGAGACAGCGCAGAUCAAGGCCGCCAAGCAGAUAAGCCUGGGCUGUGCGCCUUCCGAAACCCUCGUCGAGUCCCUUUCCCUUCGUUACUGGAGUCUUAAUUUUGUGAACUAUGAUGAGAAAGUGAUGGAUGGGUUUCAUGAUGUAUAUGGUAUUCCUUCGAAUUCAGGCGUGCAAGGGAAUAUGCCACUCCUUCUAGAUCUCCAAGCAAUUAGUGUUUCAGAUAAAGUUGAUUAUGAAGUUAUUCUAGUGAACCGUGCCAUUGAUCCUGCCCUGCGCGAGCUCGAGGAAAGAGUAUAUGCUAUUUCUGUUGAACAGCGGGAUUCAGAACAGGGUUGUAUUAGUGGCUUGAUCCAAAAAAUUGCUGAUCUUGUUGUUGAUAGGAUGGGAGGUCAGGUUAGUGAUGCUGACGAAAUGCUAAAAAGAUGGACUCUCAGAGGCUAUGAAUUGCGUAAAUCACUGAAAAGCAUCAUUCUUCCCCUUGGCUGCCUUGAUGUUGGACUUUCACGCCACCGGGCAUUGCUCUUUAAGGUCCUUGCUGAUACGAUUAGCCUUCCAUGUAUGCUGGUCAAAGGAAGCUACUAUACUGGCACUGAUGAAGGAGCUGUGAACCUGAUCAAAUUUGAUAGUGGAAGUGAAUACAUUAUAGAUCUCAUGGGUGCUCCGGGCACGUUAAUUCCUGCUGAGGUACCCAGUGAUCAUCUUCAAAAUUCAGGUUUAGAUAGAAGAAGCGGUUCAGAUUAUGCUGAAACUGUCAAAAUUUUGUGUCCGGUGCUUGAAAAACAAAUUGAGCCAGUGGCAUUUUCACCCAACGUUGGCCGAGUUGCAAAAGAUAGCAGUGCCGAUUUAGCGGAAGCCGAUUUAGCGGAAGCAUCUUUUUCGGGCAUUCAGACAAAAGGCAAUGGAAAAAAUGUUGACGAGAAAAAUCGAACCGAGAAGUUUGAGAAUGAGUUUGGUAAACUUCUUCCAUCCCUACAUAGAUCAAAUGAAGGCUUGUCUGGUACUUGUGGUAAAGCGUCCGAUGCACAAAAAAUGAAAGUUAAAGAUGUUUCUAAGUAUGUUAUCAGUGCAUCUAAAAAUCCAGAUUUUGCUCAGAAACUUCAUGCAGUUUUGUUAGAGAAUAUCCCAUCACCACCUCCUCAUUCAGUUUUGUCAGAGAAAGUGACAUCACCACGUUUGAUUCUGGAUAAGAAGUUUUAUGAGCUGAGAGAUAUGCAAAUGCCAGAAGAAAUCCAUCUGUUAAACUGCGAAAAAGUGGCUGAUGGGGCUCAAAAUUGUGCAGAUGUACCAGAAAAACUUGAAUUGGCUUCUAAUGCUGCUAACUUUGGACAUUCAUUUCCUUCUGAUACCACCACAAGUGAGGGAUUUGUGCUUGUUAACUGUGGAACUAAUGAAGUGAACCAGACUGGUGAUGUGAGUUUAGGUCUUUUUCCUGUUGAUUCACCUGGUAUAUUUGUAAGAGCUUUGCAUGGGGUUCAAUCUCAGGAAUCGUCGAUGCCCUCUGCAACUGAGUGUUUCGAAGGACAAUCUAAAGUGGUCUUCUCUGGUGAUGGUGGACAGUAUGUUGGGGAUAAAGUGGGAAGGGUUCUCAAUAACUUUGAGAGAGAGAGAGAAUUUGUUGUGAGAUUGACAGAAACAGCCAGUAGUGGUCUUACUGUCGCUUGCAGUACUCAUGUUGAGAGGAUUAACCCAGAGCUGGGGGAUGUUUCAGACUGGGAAAUUCCUUGGGAAGAUCUUCAGAUUGGAGAACGAAUUGGAAUUGGUUCAUAUGGUGAGGUUUACCGUGCAGAUUGGAAUGGCACUGAAGUUGCUGUGAAGAAGUUCAUGGACCAAGAUAUAUCAGGCGAUGCACUUGCUCAGUUCAGAAGCGAGGCUGAAAUCAUGCUGAGGUUGAGACAUCCUAAUGUUGUUCUUUUCAUGGGAGCAGUCACCCAUCCACCAAAUCUUUCUAUACUGACAGAGUAUCUGCCGAGGGGAAGUUUAUACAAGCUACUGCAUCGUCCAAAUAAUCAACUUGAUGAAAAGAGGCGAGUUCGAAUGGCUCUUGAUGUGGCUAAGGGAAUGAAUUAUUUGCACACGAGCCAUCCUACUAUUGUGCAUCGAGAUCUGAAAACUCCAAACCUUCUUGUUGACAAAAACUGGGUUGUUAAGGUUUGCGAUUUUGGCUUGUCACGCAUGCAGCACCAUACAUUUCUAUCUUCAAAGUCUAUUGCUGGAACGCCUGAAUGGAUGGCACCCGAGGUUCUGAGAAAUGAGCCGUCCAAUGAGAAGUCUGACGUGUAUAGCUUUGGCGUGAUAUUGUGGGAAUUAGCAACUUUGCGAGUGCCAUGGACUGGGAUGAACUCAAUGCAGGUUGUGGGAGCUGUUGGCUUCCAGAAUAGACAUCUUGAGAUUACAGAGGAGAUCAAUCCAACAGCUGCGCAGAUAAUAUUGGACUGUUGGCAUCCCAAUCCACAAUUGCGGCCCUCUUUUGGUCAGCUCAUUUCCCGUCUCAGGUGUCUUCAGGGUCUCCAGAUUUCAGCUGUUCAGAGAUCUCAAACUCAUUCACUUGUACAAUAAAAAAGAGUUGUGUAAAAUAUCCCUUGAGCUUCUUUGUGGGCUCGAAGAGCCUCCAUCAAUGGAAGGUUUAGUUGCAGUAGAGAAUGUAUCGGAUUGGGAAGUGUUGGUUCAAUCAAAGAGAGGGGGUCAGCACAGCCAAUUCAGAACAGAAUGGACAAUCCUCCGAACAAGGUGCAGUGGAGGAUACCAUUUGGUGAUGAAAGUAGGUAAUCUAUUAUGUGAACAGUUCAAGGAAAUACCCAAAAAAAGAAAAAAAAUAAAUGAAAAAGAAAGAAAGAUAGAGAGAAGAAAAGAAAUUGAAACAAUUUAUAAGGGAAUGCCAAAAGGAAAAAAAAAAAACAACGUUUUGUGUUAUGUAGCUUCAGGCGAUAAGUGUAAGUAGUUUCUUUAUUGUAAACAUUGUCUCCGCAAGGUUCUGUUAAAAAAAAAAUUAACAGAAUUUGAAUGAUAUAUUUGCAUCUGUUUCCCGUA